AUGUUCAAAUUCGCGGUAGUCGGCGCACUUUUCGUGGUAUCCGCUCUCGCUGCACCGGCGUCACAGGACGCGCCGGCGGCGGCGGCGCCGCCACCCUCGAUCCUCGAGGAAGCCCUCGACGUAUACGCUUCCUGUUCCGAGGAAUCGAGUAUCGCGGUGUGUCUCAAGAUGAAGGCCCUGCGCUACGUCGACCGUGCCGCUCGCUCGGCCGACAUCGAAGUCAUUGACGGAUUCAAGAUCGUGCAGACCGAGGAGGCCAAGAAUAGCCGAGCUGACAAUGCAAGGUCUCUUAAUGACAUUGAAAGUACUUUACCUGCUGAGACCGAAGCCAAAGAAGCCGCAAUUGAUCAGGCUAUUGUCGAUAGAGCCUCCAAAUUCUUAUCCACGCAUACUGUUGAGUUGAGCCUCCCCGAAGACGUUUCCCGUUCUUUUGAUGAAGCUCGUGGAAAGAAGAAGAAGAUCGCCAAAACUCUGUUGCCCAUCCUUCUUCUCCUGAAACUGAAAGCUGCUGCCCUUAUCCCUAUUGUUCUUGGUGGUUUGGCUUUGGUAGCUUUCAAAGCCCUCAUCGUCGGCAAGAUUGCUCUCAUCAUCAGCUUGAUCCUCGGCCUGCAAAAACUGCUCGCUUACAAGAAUCAGAGCUACGAAGUUGUCGCUCAUCCCGUUCAUGAUUAUGGACACGAUGUGCACCACGACCAUCACGGCUGGGCGAGAUCAUCGGCCGGUUCUGAUCUCGCGUACAAAGCUUAUAAACCUACCGAAUAGUUAAAAAUUAUGCACAACUUCUCUUCCUUCUAAUUUUCUACCUUCAUUCGCCAAAGUGAUCGUCUCUAAUCCGACGAUCACCUGAGAGUGGCGUGGCUUAUCUUCUCAGGGAUCCGCGGACAAGCUCAACUCGACAACGAAGACGUUUGUCUUACGACGCAUACGAACGACUAUAUUGAACGACAAUUCUGUAUGGACGGGCAAACGACUGUUAGACACGGACGGUUACUGGAUUUUGUGCGGACUGGAUUUAACGGUACACGACUCGACGACUCCGACGACGAUGCCGCAGUCGACGAUCGAUAGGGAUGCUACGAUCGCCGUGGUUCGAUGUAUAUUCCGGCAAAUCUCGACGACGAAACUUAUCACUUUACUGACAACGACGAAAGGCUAUACACUCAGAGAUUAUGAGAAUCUCAAAAGACUCUCAUGACAGAAUAGUGGAAUCCUGUCAGAAUGGUAGAAGUCGCGCCCUUUCGAUCAUACUCGUGCGGUAUCCUUUCAGAAUCCUCCGUGUCUAUCGUAUGCGGAACGACUCGUAGUCAGUACUCGCACGAGACCACCAGA